AUGGCAAUGCCAGGCGCAGUACGGAAGUUGCAAUUCAGCAAGCCGAUUAUAUCUACUUUGGAGAAUACUAUUGCAGCAUCGGAGCUAGUUGGUAGGUUAUGCAAUUUGCAUGAAGAGCUGGCUCAGUUUGUGCAAGAUCAGGUUGAUCUGAGCAGUCUGGACGCGGUUAAAGGAGAUCUCAUUAAUCACAAAUUAUUGAAACACAAGGAUCUUGGGGUGCGGGCGUUUACAGCAUGUUGUUUGAGUGAUAUAUUGCGUCUGUAUGCUCCUGAGGCUCCGUAUACUGAUGGACAACUCACGGAUAUCUUUAAGCUUGUCCUAUCACAGUUCGAGUACUUGGGGGAUCCCGAUAAUGGCUACUAUGUUCAACAAACAUACUUGAUAACAAGAUUAUUAGAAUACAGGUCGAUAGUGCUUAUAACAGAUCUGCCUACUUCCGAUAAAUUGCUAUUCAGACUAUUUGAAAUUUUCUAUGAUGACAACCACAGCUACCAGAAUAAAUUAUUUAAUGUUAUUGGAGGGUUACUUGGUGAGGUUCUAUCAGAAUUUGAGAAUAUGCCUCUGAAUGUUCUCAAGCUUAUCUUCAACAAAUUUUUAACAUAUAAUCCCGAGAAAGCGCCAAAGGGGUUGGGAGUUGCUUCAAAUUGUGGUUAUGAGGUCAGUUUAAUACUAUGUGAAAACUAUACUGCUCGCAUGAGCAGAUAUUUAACAAAAUACUAUUCUGAAAUUCUUUAUAAUAUAACAAAUGAGAAAAAUAUUGAUGAUUCUUACGAGAUGAGAACCAAGCUGAUUAUAGCUACUGAAAAGUUGCACAAGCUUGUCUACCGCCUUUGGGAAACAGUACCAGAUUUGAUACUAUCAGUAAUUGGGUUUGUUUACCAUGAACUGUCAUCAGAAAAUGAGAUCAUAAGGAAGUUGGCGACACGGUUAGUAGGUAAAAUGAUAUCAAAGAAUACAAUGGCUAAUUUUGUACAAGCACAUGAGGAUACAUUUAAAGCGUGGAUGACAAAGAUCGCUGACAUUGAUGCAGAUGUACGUGUCGAAUGGAUUUCCUGUAUUCCAAAUAUCCUCGAAGUCAGAAGUGACAUCUCUGAUGAUAUUGGGCAUGGUCUGGCCAAAACAUUAAUCGAUUCAGACGCUAGAGUACGGAAGUUGUCAGUCACCGUAUUUGAUGAAGUACCUGUAAAGGCUAUUUGGGAAAAUGUCAAGAACAUAUCUGUGUAUAAGUCCCUAUUACAACUGACGAGAGAGAAAAAUAGAGAAAUAAGAGAACUCUGUAUUCAUUCUGUUGGAAGGUUUUAUGCAGAAUCAAGGAGAAAUAUUGAAAAAGAAUCAUAUGAUACCGAAAUUUGGUCUAUAGUCGAAUCAAUUCCAUCAACAUUAUUCAACUUGUAUUAUAUUAAUGAUGCUCACAUUAAUCAAUGGGUUGAUGAAAUAGUCUUUGAUUACUUACUGCCAUUUGAAGACGAUGAUACUAAGCGCGUGAGGGAGUUAUUGUCAAUUGUAAGUAAAUUGGACAAAAAGGCCUUUUCUUCAUUCAUUGCUUUUAAUAAAAGGCAAGUUCCUAGUGCAGUGGCUAUGGCCAAAUUUGUCGAAUUUUGUGAAGUUCUAAAACAAUCAGAAUAUGAAGAUGAUUUGGAUACAAUACAAAAAUAUAAUAAAACGAUAGACUGGUUAUCAUCCAGCAUGGCUGAUCCCAUUAAGACAGCGGAUGUUUUAGAAGCCAUUAAGGAGCUAAAUAUGGGAAGGGUAUUUUUCUUGAUAAAAAACUGUGUUAGAGCUGAUGUAACAUAUUCAACUUUUAGGAACAGUUAUAAUGAGUUGCUAGAUAAAUUAGGUGACGAUAAUCUUUUCAAAAAAAAUAGAGUUAAGAACUCAACCUCAGUGAGUCCACAAGAUAUUGCGCAUGAGAUCAAAGCAUUGCUUUUGCGCUCCUCUCCAAUAAUAUUCAACAUUUCAAAUAUUGGAAUUUUGCUAGAUAAUUCUGUAUUUGAAAAUGAGGCUGAAACUAGUCUGAAGCGUAAACUUGUUAAUGAAGUUUCGAAGAUUAGUCCGACUUUAUUCAGAGAUCAAUUAAAAAACUUGAAGGACACAAUAAUCUACCUCGAAGAUUUCAAUUCCAGACAAGAGCAAGCUCUUGCAACAGAAGCCCUUAAAACAAUAUACAAAAUAUCCAAGUCAGUUGAGGACAACAACACCUUUGAUGACAAAUUAUUUUCAAGUAAGUUAAUCGAGUUUGCUUUGAAUGGCUCCCCUCAAUUAGCUAAAUAUGCAACAAAGAUGAUUGCAUUAUCACCUGAUAGUGAGCGUGAACUCAGGGGGUUGGUAUUGAAAAUAUUACCACUAGAUAUUGAUAAGGACCAAAAUUUCACCUCUCACCUAGCGAUCUUGAUGGAAGUUUUUAGAUUUACCCCACACCUCCUUGAUGAUGAAUCUACCAAUAUAGUUUCUUAUUUGAUUAAAAAUGUUCUAUUGUCAAAUUAUAAAAUUGAAGAGGAUAAGGUAGAGGAAGGUGAAUCUUUAUUUGAGGAGCAUAUUGCGGAGUCAAACGAGCAUGCUUGUCUAGCAAAUAAACUAUUCACUCUGAAACUCUUUACCAAUAAGCUUAGAGCACUUUCUUUACAUGAUGAUGAUGAUGAUCUUUCAAAAGCAUUUAUUGAGAAGACACUGAAGUUAUACAUCUACCUUAUUGCGAGUGGUGGUGAAUUAGUAUCUGAGACUUCUUCGAGUAAGCCGACACCAGAAGCAUAUCAAACCAUUCUUAGAUUAUCGGCUGCUCUUCAAAUAUUGAAAGUUGCAAGAAUUUCAAGCCUAAAUACAUUUAUCAAGUCAACAGAGAUCUGUAAAUUGGUUAACAUUGUUGAAGAUGAAUCUCUAGAAGUACGCAGAAGAUUUUUGGAUCAACUGAAAGACUCUCUGUCAUGCGAACUUAUCUCAAUUAAAUUUUUGCCACUAAUUUUCUUUACUGCAUAUGAACCAGAUAAAGAACUGAAGGCAAGCACAAAGAUAUGGAUUAACUAUACCUGUGCAAAGCCAUCAUUCAAAAAAGGAACGUUAUUUGAGAGGGUUCUACCAAGGUUAAUACACGCUAUAGCGCAUCAUCCUGAUGUUAUAGAAGGGUUUCAAGGCACUGAAGAGGAAGUAAUAAUAGCCUUAACAACAGCUGUUGAUUAUUUAGUAUUUUACUUUGAUUCGGUUGCAUCCCAGGAAAAUUUUAGUUUGCUGUAUUAUCUUUCUGAAAGAGUUAAGAACUACCAAGAUAUACUUGACGAAGAUGAAGAGAGUUCCGCAAAUGAAGAUGAUAGCAUAAGCAGAUGGAAGCCAUUCCAGUAUAUAUAUGUUGUUGGUGAGUUAUCCCAGAUUAUUCUCUUGACUAUAAAGGAAAGGAGAUCUUGGCAGCAUAUAGCUUAUCCAGGUAAAUUAAACUUACCAAGUGAUUUAUUCAAGCCUUUCGAUAGUGCUGAAAGUGCUCAAGCUACCUUCAAGAACUAUUUGAGCGAGAAGUACGCUGAAAAGAUCAAGGGUAACAUUGUUGCCAAGGUAGGUAAAUUGAUCCAUGCCUCUCAAACACAAAGGCAAAGAUCUCAAAAGAGGUUGCUUGAUCAAGAGUAUCGUGAAGACACUAGUCCCAAAAAACAGAGGACAAAAGGUAGUAAAACCCAAAGGAAAGAUAGACAGAACGAUGGAUCAGAUAUUGAAUCUGAUGAGGAAAUAUAUAGAGGUGGUAAUGUUGAAGCGAAUGCAUCAGGUGUUAGAAAGAGUAACAGAGCAAGAAAGCAAGUUGAUUACAAUGAGGAUGAUUAA